GAUCUGUCAACAACAAAUAAACCACCCAACCUAAAACAUCCCUAUAAUAAUCGCCAUUUAACACGAAAUAACCAACAUAAAUGUUAAGUAGGAUUAAAAAAAUAAACGCGAAUAAUACCAUCAACAUAUGAUAUAACACGUUAACUAAUCAGUGCUUAUAAAUCAUGGUAAGAUAUCCAAACAAAAAAAAAUGGUAGCCUGACAAUGGUCUCUUUUUAUUUUGACAACUGUUGAAAGACAUAACCUAAAUUUAAAAUUACGCACUGUAUUCGGGGGGGUUUUUCCACUAAAUCUUCUUAAUUAAUGAAAGAUCAUGUCCCAAAUCUUACAGGCGAUGAAUGAAAAGUCGGCAUUAAAUGCCUUAGAGAAAUUAAUGGAGGAGUUCUUUUCUCCGGGAACCUCCAACGUUCGAAAGAGAGAUAUCGAAGAACAACUUACUAGUUUUGGGUGUCAAGGCGAUAAUUGGAUGUAUUGCGUGUAUUUUUUAAAUAAUACUACUAGUCAGUAUGUUACUAUGUAUGCUUUGACCACAAUCGAGUCAGUGAUAUGUAGGAUGUGGAAUAAAAUCGAAUGGGAAUGCAAAGAAGAAAUAAAACAUAGAUUGUACGGAUUUUAUGUGGAACAAGACGAAAAUUCGCCUCAUUUCAUCCGAAAUAAAUUAGCUAAAUUAAUGGUUGAUAUCGCUAAAAUCGAUUGGCCGCAUUUUUAUCACAAUUUUUUCACCCACAUUUUGGUCUUAUUAAAAAGUGAUAAAGCUCAACUUUUGGGAUUGGUUUUACUACGAACGUCUAGCGAAGAAAUGAUGAACGAACGAUGUGAUGUGAGUUCAUCGCGAAAAGACGAACUUAAAAGACUGUUACAAAUUAACAUUCCAGAAGUAUUCCAGCUUUUAAUAAGCAUUUUACAUAAUUUAGGUACAAAACCUAGACAUAAAGCAACGGCAACACCCCCACCUUCUCCAACGCAACCAAACCCAACUAAUUUAUCGAUAACCCCUCAAAUAACAUCCACGAAAUUCCGACCCGAUUCGAAAGCGAUUAUUCGAGAAGCCCUUGCCGCUACGCAACAUAUUUUUUCUUGGGUUCCACUUACUUUGAUUCCCACGGAUAUAAUCGGUGCCAUAUUUCAUUUUACUCACAUUUCCAGUUAUGCACAGGACGACGAUGAUAUGUGUUUAUUAGCAAUUUCAACGUUAAACGAAUUAUUAUAUAGGAAAUGCGUCCCACUGUCAAGUUCUCCCUUAUUUAUACAAUUGUAUCAUAACACGAUACAAUUACUUAAAGAUGUGACUUGUACGAUGGGGGGGAGGAUUGAAACGUUAAGUUUCGAUUUUGUUGGGAAAUUGGCCGAGAUGUUGUGCCUUAUAAUGGAACAGCAUUUGUGGAGGUUAGAAUUAGAACCGGGAUUUUCGGCAAUCGAGCUUUUAUCGUUGCUCUUUCAACUAACCAUUCAACUGCCACAAUUACCCUGUUAUUUACGGUGUCUUUCCGUAUGGGCCACUUUUAUGAAGCAAAUGAAACCGCAAAAUGCUCACAGAUAUUCUGAAGCUGUGCAAAGUUUGAUAUCCGCCGUUUUAAAUAAAAUGCAAUUUAUUUAUAAUUCCCCCCAAUUAAAUGGAUUGACCGAAAUCAAAGAUGAUAACGAUCAAUCCGAAUUUGAUUUAUUUAUAAAAAACUCGAUAGAAAUAAUAGCCAUGGUGGCGGAGCACGCGCCAUUAUUAACUUUUAACGAAGUGUUAAUUCCUUGGAAAAACGCAAACGACAUCUACACCAUGCUUCAAGGUGUCGUAAACAGAGUAAGUUGUACAAUUUCAUUACAAAGUACGGAAUAUCAUAGACUGCAUUGUGUACUCAGGGAUUUGUCUACGCUAACGCAAACUUUAGCGAGACUUUCCACGUUAUUUAUCGAACAUGGUAAUGAAUUUAUGUCAACAUCAACAAUAGCCGACAAUUUAAUAAGUAAAACGAUCGAAAGUGCCUCAUUCGCGCGAUACUUUAGAUUUUAUCAUUUAAAAGUGAACGACGAAAGACUCAUCAAUGAUUUUAUAGAAGUACAAAGCCAAUUAUUGGCUGCUUUAAAAACGUGGUUAAUUUGGUUAUCAACAAACUCGGAGAAAUCCUUAAACAAAUUUGACAAACAAUUAAUCGAACUCGCUUUGUAUCAUCUAAAAUCGGCUCAUGAGGAGCCCGAAAAAGUGUGUCACGCUGCCGCUCACCUCUUUUUAAGCCUCUCAUCGGCGAUUUUCCCGCCGAAUUUAAUUUCGAUUCCCGAAAUCGUCGAGUUUAUCCAAUUCGCUCCCACUUCGAGGUAUUAUAAAAAAGAAACGAGUAAAGUGUUAAACAGCGCGUGUUGUAACAUCUUGGUGAGGCCGUGGGGCGAUUUGUCUCAAAGCGAUUUUCAAAAACGCACUUUAUUAAUUAAUUCGUAUUUUAACGGAUUAACGAGGGAAUUUCAUGAUCUCCCACCUCAAUGUGUCGAUGAAGUUAAAAUUAAUGAAAUAAUAGGAAAUGUACUGCCAAUUUUGUCGAAUCUCGUCGAAUUUUGUAAUGGUUUUCAAUCGCAAUCGAAGAAAUUGCUUUAUAUGGGAUUAAAGGGAUCUAUUGAUCAUUCCUUAUUAUUGUUCCCUUUGUACUCGAGGUUUUCUGAAGCUAGUAAUCACAUUUUAGUAUUUUUUCUAAAUGUAUUAAACGUGCUUCAACAACAAAUGGGGCCUGAAGUUAUUAAACGAGCUAUUGAGAUAUUCUUAGAAGUUGCCAUAAGUGAACAACAAUCGAAAAACUUGUCCAGUUUAGAAAAACUUUUACAAAUUUUACAACUGAUAAUAGAAGCCCCAGGAAAUACAUACAAAACAUUUCUGCCAGGAAUUUUGCAAUUAUGUUUACACAACGUGUGCCCUGUUAUUCUUAAUCAACCGAAUGAACACCCCGAAAUAUUCGUCGUUUUAUUAAAUUUAUUACACAGUAUUUUAUUUUAUCGUUGGAAUUACUUUUUUAUUUCGCAAGUUCGUUUGGGACAUUCGCCCGGUUGUAGCGAUACAGUUCAAGGGCCGGAUAAAACUCAGCAACCGGACCAAUUGUUGACAAUUUUACAAGUUUUUGGACAAGCUUUGCUUCAAUCCGACAUAAACGUGUUUCGAACCAGCUUAACAUCACUGGAGAACUUAAAUAAUAAAUGGAAAUUGUAUCAUAAAGAUUUAUUUAAGGAACACCUCCUUCCACACUUCUUAAAAGUGUUAAUGUUCUCCCCAAUCAAUAAAACCCACGAUUUAUUAACCGAUGAUAUACAAGCGGCGAUUUAUAACAUGGCUUUGGUUAGUUUUGGAUGCUUUUUUACCACGUUUCUUCAAAGUUUUUUAGCCCUCGUUUCUGGAUUAACCGACGCCCAACGAGAAGAGUUGAAAGUGUCUUUUAAACAUGAUACGGAUAUGCCAUCGUUUAUUCAAAAUUUGCAAAGAUUUAUUAAUGAUGUCUGUUGUUAUCGAAUGUGUAGUGUGUCCUCGAACAGUGUUGUGUCAUAAUUUGCACAAUCUUAUUUAAACUUUAUUUUGUAUAUUCUAAAAAUAAACUUUUGGAAAUUUAAAUAUA